AUGAAGCCAUUAAAAAAUGAUAAAUAUGAUAUUGAUGAAAUACGAUAAGAAAAAGAAAAAUAAAUUAUUCGGGCAAUUUUAGGUUGGCAACCAUCAAAAAUUCAUUCUACUUCUCCCUUAAUUCAGAAGGAUUAUUACAUAAAAUUACCGAAGACAAAAAAAUUAUCUAUAUGUAGCAAGGAAGAAUCUUAAAAAUGUCGAAUCUAAUAAACCUAAUUAUUAAAAAUAGUAAAAAUAUGAAGAAUGAUUAAUAUUCUGUAAUCAAUUACAAUUUAGAAAUGCUAGAAAAUUUGAGUGAUAUGGAAAGUUUGAUUGAGAACAGUUAAAAUAUGGUGCUUGGAAGGGUUAUUGAUAUGGAUAGUCUACAAAAUUGA